ACGGAUGCUUGUGUAGCGUUUAGGGAAGUGUAAUAAUUUGAGUACCGAGUCAAAUAUACAUGAAUAUACAGCUGUAUCAACGUAACAAAAAUCAGUGAAACAUAAAUAAAGGGAACAUGAACAAUACACGAGUUGCAAAGAAGGAUAAAUCGCAGAACAUACAAGUUUCUGUUCGCGUUAGGCCCCUAGUUGCUGCAGAGCAAAACAAUAGAUCUACAAAUAUAAUAGAAGUUCCAAAUAAUAAAGAACUGAUUGUACACGAAUUUCCAAAAGAUAAAUUUACAAAAAAAUUUAAGUUCGAUAAUGUAUUUGGACCUUCAUCAAAGCAGAUUGAUGUAUAUAAUGCAGUUGUUAGUCCUUUAUUGGAACAAGUUUUGGCUGGAUAUAAUUGUACAGUAUUCGCGUACGGACAGACUGGUACAGGAAAGACUUUUACAAUGGAAGGAACUAACAUUGAUCCAACUUUACAUUGGCAGAGUGAUUCAUCUGCUGGCAUGAUUCCACGUUGUUUAAGCCACUUGUUCGAUGAGUUACAAUUAUUAGAAGCACAGGAAUAUACAAUCAGAGUUAGUUUUCUAGAACUUUAUAACGAGGAAUUAUUAGAUCUUCUAUCAGCUAAUGACGAUGGGUCUAAAAUAAGAUUGUACGAAGACACAUCAAAGAAAGGUGCAGUGAUUAUUCACGGAUUAGAAGAACUGACAGUAAGUAGUAAAAGUGAAGUUUACAGAAUUCUUCAACAGGGAUUAGAAAGAAGACAAACUGCAGCGACAUUAAUGAACGCUCAGUCUAGCCGAUCUCAUACAGUAUUUUCGAUUACUGUACACAUGAAAGAAUUUACCAUCGAUGGAGAAGAAGUUUUAAAGACGGGUAAACUGAAUCUGGUGGAUCUAGCAGGCAGUGAAAAUGUUGGGCGGUCUGGUGCUGUUGAUAGAAGAGCAAGAGAAGCUGGUAAUGUUAACCAAUCUUUGUUGACCCUUGGAAGAGUUAUUACAGCUCUCGUUGAAAGAGCACCUCACAUACCUUACAGAGAGUCCAAGCUUACGAGAUUACUGCAAGAAUCACUAGGUGGUCGUACGAAGACAUCGAUCAUCGCAACUAUAUCACCUGCUAACAUCAAUCACGAGGAAACAUUGUCGACAUUGGAUUACGCACGCCGCGCAAAGAACAUUACUAACCGUCCUGAAGUCAAUCAAAAGCUUUCAAAGAAAGAAUUCCUGAAGCAAUACACCGUGGAAAUAGAAAGAUUAAGGCGCGACUUGUUAGCCACACGCGAACGGAAUGGCGUUUACCUUGCGGACGACAAUUAUAACCAAAUGACAGCGUUAAUUUCGCAGCAGAGUAAAGAAAUCGAGGAAAAAAUAAAUCAUAUAAAAGCUUUGGAGAAGACCAUGCAAGAUCAAGAGAAAAUCUAUAAUGAAUUUCAUUUGCAAAAUAUUGCUCAAAUGAAAGAAUUGCAUAAAGCAAAAACCAUAUUAGGUAAUACCACGGAAGUUUUGGAAGCAACGAAACAUCGGUUAAAAAUCAUAACACAAGAGAGAGACGAGCAAAAAUACCUGGUAAAAAAGCAUGUUAACACGGAACAAACUUUACUUUCUGAAGCACAGUCUCUAGUAAAUGUUGCAGACACAGCAACUGCGGAUUCUCAAAAAUUGCAUGACAAAAUUAAUCGCAAAACGGAUGCAGAAAGAAAGUUUGAAGAACUUGGGAAACAAUUUAAAACUGAUGUUUGUGACUCUUUACAAGGUAUUGAAAAAUAUAUCUAUGAAUAUGGUGAAAACGUAAAGCAGUUUUGUACGUCAUUGAGAAACGAUAUCGGUACUCAAACGGUUACUAAGUAUGAAGCCACUAAUUCAGAGAUGCAUAAAAGUACGACAGAUCUAACCGAACAGCACUUGGUAGUGAACAAUUUACGAGAAAAAACAGAUAAUUCCUAUCUAAGUUAUCAAACUUGGAUGACAAACGAUAUCAAAAAUCAAGUCGAUACUAUAAAAAAUAAAGACGAACUCUUGAAUACGAUUUCGUUAGAAUCGAUAGAAAAUAUUAAUGAGUUAAUUGAAAAUGAAGUUGCUAUGAUAUUGCAACAAUUGAAGAGUAAUUUACUAGGAAAGUUAAAGGAUACCGCGACUCAAAUGAAUGAAAUGAUCGAGUCUGUUUGUAACGAUGAAAUGACUGCUUCUAACAGCAUAAAGAAAAAUAUUGAAAUUAUUAAAAGAGAUAUAGAAGAAGUUUGUAAAACGCAGGAGCUUACGGAAAAGCGACGAUCGUUCACAAAGAUGAUGGAGGAUGUAUCUGUCGAAUUUAAUCUUUUAAGUAAGAGCGAAAAAGAACAUUGUUCCAUGAUAGCUAACACAUGUAAUAAUGUUAGUGAUGUUUGUAAUAAUGUUAAUGAUCAGGUGACGUAUAUGCGUAACAAUAGCGUAAAAAUGGAAAACGAAUUGAGAGAACAUAUACAAACUCAUUUGAAAAGAAUCGAAAGUGAUGUCGUUACAGGAAUAGACAAGAAUGAACAAGUAGCAAACAGAACCGUUACAGAAGGGAAGAAACUGCUGCACGAAUUGAAAUCAAAUGUAAAUGCAGGUUCUAAUGUGCUAAAACGAUAUAAGAAUCUUGUUGAACACACUACAGAAGAAUUACAGCAGAAAAUGGAUUUGGAUAAAAAUGAAGCCCUCCUCCUUAUAAAUGAUACCUAUAAGAUACUCGACAAUGCAAAUGAAAAUUAUACGAAGGCCAUGACAGACGAGGAAAUUAAACUUACCGAUACUUCGAAAGAUAUAUCCAGUAAAUUGGAAAAUUUAAUCACAGAAUCCACCGAAAAUUGUAACAGAAAUGUCGAACAUUUACGUUCAGCAGUGAAUGAAAUUAAUAGAUUCUUCGAAGACGAGAUACAACAUGAUGUUCCAACAGGCACAACUCCCGCCAGGAGAGAAUUUCAUUAUCCUCGUGAAUUUACUGCAACCUCACCACAUGAACGGAUUCUUCAAAGAUUUCGAGAAGCUAGGAAAUUAGUCGAAACAUCAGAGGAUGACGAUGACACAGAUUUAGGUGGUGAUCUAACAAUAAAACAAAUCGCAAACUCUACUGCUAUAUCUGAUGUUACUGUGAUAUCGUCCCCGCUUAAUAGUACAGAAUAUAUAACACCUUCUAUGAACAGUGAAUUAUUAACGAACCAUUUGAUGUCAUGCAAUCCUAUAAAUUUAAAUAUUGAGAACUUCACAUCGACUCUGGAUAUAUCUCCAGUAUAUCUUCAAUCUUUCGUUGGAUCUGAAUCUACGAAUUCACAGGAUUCCUUGCGGAGCGAAGAUAAGGAAAAUAAUAGUUGUAAUUCUGUUACGUACGAAAAAACAAGACAUACACAACAAUCACGAUUUCGGAAACUGAAGUGAGAACAC